AUGGAAGCCUUAGACGGGCCGGUGUUGUUUCGUGUGGCGGACGCUACCGGCGAUGCUGUUACCACCAUCGCCAACGUCGCCUCCGUCUCCCGCGCCUUCGCCCGUGUCGCCCGCUCGGAGCUGUGGCCGUGUUACUGCCUCGCGCGCGCCGCGCUUGCGGAAGACGGCGAGGCGGCGGCGGUGGCGGCGGUGGCGGAGCGCUUGGUGCGCGAAGCGGGCAGCGCCGAUGCGCCGCGAAACGCGGCGAGCAGCCUGGCGCGGUGCAUGAGUGCGUGCCCGGGCGUGAUUCGCGCCUGCUCCAUCGCGCUGCGACUGAACGCGGCUGCUGAGGCAAAAUCGGCCGACGCAGAAUCGGGUGAGGCAGAAUCGGGUGAGGCAGAACCGGGCGAGGCAGAACCGGGCGAGGCAGAACCGGGCGAGGCAGAACCGGGCGAGGCAGAACCGGGCGAGGCAGAACCGGGUGAGGCAGGAUCUGGGCCCGAGUCGGGACGGUGGUCGCGGUCGUCCGCGGAAGACUCAACAGAAUCGCGGAGCGAGACGGAGGAGGACAGCGGCGCAGACAGGGGAAGCGUGGGUGCGGGAGGCGGUAAGGGAAGUGACGACGCCAAUCCCCAUGUCAGCGAUUCCUGUGCCCUCUCCUCCUCCCUGGCCACUCGGCUUUUUCUGGACGAAUGCUUCCUCCCCGCCCCUCCUUUCGGCCCAUCGCCGCUCUUUUUGGGUGGGGUGGAAGGGGACAAAAGGGGGAAAGCUAGGGAGGAAGAUGGGGGGGAAGGAGCGCAUGAGGGCGCGGCUGUGUUGAUGGCAGCAGGGCGCUGUGGGCGGGAGCAUGAGGCUGAGGGAAUCCGUUGUCAUGAGGUGUGGGGAGCGAUUGCUGGGUUCAAGCACUCGCGUUUUCACAGUCUGCUGCAAGGCCAGCCGGUUGCUCCAGACGAAUGCCUCUUCUGCCAUGACCAGGUGAGACGCUCAGGGGAGGCCGCAGCGUGGCGUGGGGGGGUUGAGUGGGGGAUGAGGAGAGGAGGUGGGGGGGUGGCCGCAGCGUCCCCUCUUACUAACCCCCACAUCCCCACCCCCAAUCAACCAACCCCCUUUAACCUCACCCCCCAUUUCAACCGCCCCCUGGAACCGCUCUCCCUCCCCCCUUUUCUUCCUCCAUACCCCUCCCCACCCACGAUGAUCCCUGUACAGUCCUUCACAGGUGGGGCUGCUGGUCACAAGUGGGGCUGCUGGUCACAAGUGGGGCUGCUGGUCACAGGUGGGGCUGCUGGUCCUGGUGUUACGGCGCUGGUGCUGGUGCCUGGUGCUGGCGUGACGGCGCUGGUGCCGGUGCCUGGUGCUGGCGUGACGGCGCUGGUGCCGGUGCCUGGUGCUGGCGUGACGGCGCUGGUGCUGGUGCAUGGUGCUGAUGGGGCGCGACGGGUGGGACGAACUGCAGACGGGCUACAGGCUGGGCGGGAUCUGACGGUAGGAGGCGCGCAAGCGCUGGUGCGAUCGCCGGUGCGCUGGCGGUGA